CCGGUCCUCUCAGCGUCGGGCACCGGGAUCCAGCCGGAGGUAUUUGAGUGUUACACCCAACGGCGCCGCUUUGUUUAUGCUCUCUGACAGUGACCGAAUCAACCUCCUCGGCAUCAACUAAACACAGUUAAACCGUACUCACACCGGAUUAACUGGACGGCGCCAUGAAACCAGCGGUGGACGAGAUGUUCCCUGAGGGCGCAGGGCCCUACGUCGACCUCGAAGAGGCAGGGGGCAGCAGCGGUCUGCUCAUGGACCUCGCUGCCAAUGAGAAGGCAGUGCACCUCGACUUCUUCAACGACUUCGAAGACCUGUUCGAUGAUGACGACCUACAGUGAUGACGCCAUCAGAAAAGCACCUCGGCCUCUGGCCUGUGUGUGCGUGCGUGCGUGCGCGACACGUGUGUGUGUGUGUGUGUCGUGCAUUUUGUGUCUGUGUUUAUGUGUGCUUUCAGAACCAUGAAACAAAGCGACGAUUAUCCAAACCUCCUUGUUCGCAACUUUGCUGAAAUAAAGAUUAAUUUUUUCUAA